UCUUACGUCUCUUAUAGCGCCUCGUAAUAGUCGUAAUAUUUGUUGCCAUUCAUCUUCGUUGUGUUGUGAUCACGUGUUUGGCGGAAAUGAUCUCUGUGAACUGUGUUCAGUCUAUUUAAUCUAAAUUUAAAAAAAAUAUGCCUGUUUUGAAAGAACUGAGACCAAAUAGAGAUUUACUGGAUCCAAAUUUCUCUGGAUAUAAACUGUCACUGGAAAGCGUGGCAGUUUAUCAACUCCCAUUUGAAUGUGGUGUGGACCAUGUUUUGCCAAGUGACGAACAGUACUCAUUCCUACAUGUCAAAGCCUUCGGAUUGCACAACCACUUAUAUGCCGACCCAUGGGAGGGGAAUAGCAUGUACUUCAUCGACAAGCACAGACAUGUGCAGAACGUCCGUUUGUCUAGCACGAGCCGCCUGGAGGGCCCCGCGCGGGUGUGGGCUGUGCCCCCUGGCCGUGUGCGGGAGGCCGGCCACUACAACACGUGCCUGGGCUUCCCGUCGCCGCAGCUGGCCGUGCUGACGGACGGCGCGGGUCGUCUGCUCCUCGCCGCCACCGACCGGCGUCCCGGCGGAGCCCCCUGGAAGCUUUUAUUCAGCGGGUACGUUUGUGAAAAGGAACAGCCGUUCACGCUCCUUCACUCCCGCCACCGCACGACUCACGACACACAAGAAGUCCACUGCCUCCUUUUGCACAUUGACGAGUCCGUCGGCAGAGAGAGUGGGGACGGCAAGGAAUCGGUGCCAGUGUUUGUGAAUGUGCUGGAGUGGGUGGUGGUUGUGGAAGAAGGUGAUAAUGUCUGGCACGUGAAGAGCAGGCGUCAGCUGUCAGCUUACGGGAGCUUGGAGUAUGCAGCUAUUGAAGAUUCGUGCUGUUCCAUCUACGUGGCUUGCAGCAAAGACAUAAAGUUCACUGCUGAUUCUGAGAAACCCAUAGAAGUUGCAUUACAGGGUGAAACUAAAGUGUCGGUGUCGGAGAAGGUGCGGCCGGACUACAUGUGGAUGCAGACCGCGGAGGACGUCACGGCGUGGUUCCAGCUGCCCGAGGGCACGGCCAGGGGCGAGGUGGGCGUCUCCGCGCAGUCCGGCCACCUGGCGGUGACGUGGCGCGGCCACCCGCUUCUCUCCGGAGCCCCCGGACAUGGGCUGGACGCCGACCUGACCACCUGGACCCUCGAGGGCGGGAAGCUGGAGGUGACCCUGGUGAAGGCGGAACGGGGCCUGAUGUGGCGGGAGUUGGUGGAGGGGGACGCGAAGGGCGAGGAGGUGGUGGACCCGGCCCUGGUCGCGGACAUCCACGAGCGGCUGGCCCACCUCACCUCGGACAAGCUGGUGACGGACCCGGCGGGGGGCUGCCCGACGGGCCUCAACUCCCAGCAGCUGGAGGAGUGCGAUGCCUUCCCCACCGACUCCAUGGUUCUGGCGAGGAUGGACCCCGGCACCCACACUAACUCCCACCAGAUAAACCUGGGUGGCCAUCAGUGGCUGUUCAGCGCGCAGCUGAGGCCCGGGUCGGCCCCUGCGAUGUGCGUGCGCCACGACGUGGACGGCUGCGUGUGGCAGCCCGAGGCCCCGCGCCCGGGCGAUGCUGACUGGCCCUGCACGCACGUGGGGACCUUCCUCGCCUUCGGCUACGUGCUGGCCUCCAAGCAGCAGAGGAAGUUCACCGUGUGCGCUCCCGACCUGUCGUACGUGGCAGUGUGCGAGGCGACGCGGCGCGUGUACCUGUACCGGCAGCCCGGCGCGGUGGCGGGCGAGCUGAGGAACCGCGCCACGGGCCGCCGCGUGGCGCGGGUGGCCAAGCAGCAGCUGGCGAGCCUGGACACGGACGCGGAGGUGCUGGGCGCGCACGGCUCCGGCACAGCCCUCUUCCUGCUGCUGCCCGAGGCGCUCGUGGCGCUGCGCGUCGACCAGGCCUAGACCGGCCGCCCGUGACAUAUUCCAAGGCAUCGGCGAUAUUGGAAGCAUCGGGAAAAAAAAUAUGUGCACAACUUCUGAUUUUUUUUUUUUGUGUCUCACCCAGGCUUACAUCUCUCCUACAUUUACUAAAUGUUCAGCCGAUUUGUAAAUGCGGCUGUAUUCAUAACCGAUGCUUCAACUCGCGAAAAGCUGCCCCCACCACACGUACGCUGACCGGCAGUGGGCUGAGCUACGCAGACAAGCUGGUCAGCCGACGAGUGUGGCGAUACUGCAGCAGUGACAUCAUGUCUGGCUGCUACAAGGACAAGCAACUGAUACUCCACCACCAAAAAAAUACAGUAAAACCUUUUUGUUGCGACCACCUCUCUAUUACAAUCCGAUUUCGAGGAACCGUGAAAAAAUUGCCGAAAAUCCAAAGAAAAUCGGACAGAAAAUAAGUUUCUUGUGGUGACUAGCGUGUUACUGCAUUUCUCUUGCCAAGUGCUGUACUGCCGUAGGCAGCGCAUAUCUAAAAAUAGAUACCACUUCCUGUCGACCGCUGUCAGCGCUUGACAACCCCCAUUCCACGUCCCUUUGCCGGCAGGGUGCAGAUAAAGGUUUUUGUGGCAACGUGUUUACGUUUAGCUUUUUGCGAGUGUCUAGUGUGGUACGCAGUUAAGGAAAAGCUACCUGCUGGAUUUCUCUUGAUUAUGAUUACUAUCGGUUGACAAUGUUUGCUUAGUUUUUGAAUUCCGAUUUGGUAUAUUUUCUGGCUUGAAUUUGUGAAUUAUUGUUGAUGACUUAUGCUGUUUUUUUUAUUUACUUUUAUUUCCGAUUUUGUGUAUUAUGACUUAAUAAAUAAAAUACCAUUAAAUAU